AUGAUGCUUCCGAUCCUGAGAAAGGAAGAACGUUUUUCCAAAACUCCUCCUCGUAACGUACUGGGAGCUACGCACAAAGGUGCUGUGUCCAGAACAUGUCUCAUUCUCGAGGCAAGGGGCCGCGUAGACGCGUACAAGCGAUUCAAAGGGAGGACACAACCCAAACGCGGAACUUCACCGAGGCCUCCUGAUUCUGCAGCCCCUCUCACAGGCCCCAAUUUUCUCCAAAAAUUUCAGACUGAUUACCACGGAGACAAGCCAAAGAUUGCUCCUUUCAGCGCUUUGCCCACUGAAAGGAACCGAUUCCACGAUCCCUCCACCCAUGUGGGCUCUCAUAUGCGUACAUUCUCGUCAACAACUAGUCAGACCGCACCAGUUCUUCAAGGCUCUCAACAGGACCUUUCGCCUCUGAAAACCCUUGAUCUACCUGUGUACACAAAGAAUGGCGUCGGCGGUACUUCUUCGAGCCCGCGUCAACGACUACCUGAACAGUGCCACUCCCGAGGACGAGCUUCCUACGGGGGAUCCUCCUCCUCGAGUACAGGAGGGAAUCUAUUCUCUGGAGGACCGUCUUCCAACCCUAUUGCUCCCCCUGAAGAAGCUUUCCGAUCACCGAUUUCUUCUGACAGUAAUUUGAAGAUUUCCGUCUCCUCUCCUGUUAGUAAUGGCUUCUACUCGCCGGACAACUUCAAUAUCAUAAAAAGUAUGGAUGCGGCAAAGAAGCAGUUGUACUCCGCUCUACUUCAAUCAAAGGAGAGUGUGCUGAGGUGGUGGGUUCAGGAGACGACAAAAUAUACUCGCCUUCCUAUGCCUCCUUCACCUAUGCAAAGUCCUGUUGGCGAAGUGGAUGUUGGGACGUCUACGGAUAUCUCACCCUCACCUAAACUCUCCGCCCCAGCAUCUUCCAAUCAUGAGUUGACGAUGCCCUCUCUUGAACGUGACGAGAACGAUCUGAUUGAGUGCAUGUUCGACUUCCUCAUUGAUGCAAUAAACGGCGGAGAGUCCCUUCAAUCCCUUAAUCGUCUCCUCAAACUCGCAAUUCGAAAUUGCACCACAACCGUGAAAUCUAAACCUCAACACGCCCAGCAACUUGGAAACCAGUCUGAGCACGUUUCUACAUCCUUCACUUUUGAUGAAGUCCAACCCUCUUGCGAAGUUUCCUUUAUCAAGGUGGUGAGUCGUAUUAUCCAACAACAGCAGCAGUUACAAGAAAGAGAACAAGGAGAGAAGGAUCCGAAGAACAAUAGUCCGAGUCCGGUGGAUAUGGCUAUUAAGCAGGUCAUUGCCUUUAUUGAAAAGGCGUGGUAUUCUAUUCAUCACAAUUUGCCUUUUCCUUUGAGAGAUGGAGGCCACAGUCAGCCUCAUCAAAUGCUUACUUGGAUUAAAUUGAUCACUGAAUUUGCCGAGGAAGCGAUCGACCAGAUUCCUCUGGAGGGAAAGCCAAUUCUUCGUCGAACCAAGACGAUAGGUGCUGGGCAGAAUUUGAAUUUCACCUCAGAACGUGAACGGGUGCUCAGAGUUCAAAGUUACAUUCCCCCAAUUCUUUCGUUCUCCACUGCGAGUUCAUCAGUAAGUGCAUCUGCAUCGCCUUGGGUGUCGUCACCCUAUCGACAAGUUCAACUCAAAUCUCCACACAGUUCCCCUGAUGGGCUAUACCUUCAAGAUUCACUUGCUCCGAUUAACCCCCAUUCCUCCGUUGAAUCCCAACUGGCCGCUGCUGAGUCAGAUGAUGUUGUUAGAAUAGAGUCAUCCCAGAUGGCUCAGAGUGAAUUGAUGGUGCGGAGAACAAUGCUGAAACGAAAUGCCCACCCUUUGAAGUAUAUCAAGAGAGUGACUGCACCGGUGAAUGGCGAGGCCUUGCCGCCGAAGGAGGAUUACAAGUCCUCUCUCCAAAUGGAUCUGGAUGAAGUCCACGAUUUGAAGAGGCUUAAUUCACAGAUUGUGGAAGAAUUGAAGGAGGUAACUCGAAGUUACAACCAACUUCUACGACAAGAACUCGAUAAAAAGGAGUUAUACAUCACCGCGCUCGAAAGGCUUGCUGUUCUUGGUGUUGGAGACGAUUCCCACGUCUACACCGGUAUCUCCUCCGGUUUUCCUUCCCUCUCAAAGUGGCUCAGUGAUCUUGGAAUUCCCGUGGGUGAUAUUGAAAUAAUUACUGCUCAUCAUUUCGAUCAAAAUGAUUUCCUCGAAUUGAUUACCAAGGAGGACCUCUGGAGACUGCAUCUCAAAGGUGGAUCAGUACUGCGAAUUUGGGGUGCCGUAAGCGCCUUGCGACGGAAAUUCCUUUCUGGUAAUCAGGCUGAAGGGGUGGAUGGCGAUGCCAGCCGAUUUCAGAACUCAUAA